AAGCCAGCGUCAUGUCCGUCGCGCCGCAGGUCGUUCCGUGCGGCUCGUACGACAUCGUACUGGGCUCGUUGCUGCUGCAGUCGCGCUUCGUGGCUGAGGAUCUGCUGCAGCGUCUGCCGAACACUUCCACUUUCGUGAUCCUCACGGAUGCCAACGUCGGUCCGCUGUACGCCGAACCGCUGCGUGCACAGUUGGCCGAGCUGCUACAGGCUCAGGGCAACACCGCACGCCGUGUAUUGCUGCAUGCUGUUCCUGCGGGUGAAGCGUCCAAGUGUCGCGAGAUGAAGGCGAAGAUCGAGGACGAGGUCUUGUUCCCCAACCGUUGUCACCGUGACACGUGCGUCGUGGCUGUAGGCGGCGGCGUCGUGGGCGAUUUGGCCGGAUACGUGGCCUCCACCUACAUGCGCUUUUAA